UUUGAGCACUUAAAAGGAAACUCCUCCUUUAGUUUUAGUCAUCACUGCAGCAGUUGUGGUUGUGGAGGAAGUUUCCAAACCUAUGAUGAUUUCACCAUCCCUCGUUUGUGAUAGAAAGAUAGUGUUACAACGUAACCGGUGAUGGGAGUUCGAAAGACCCUGGUGCAGAGAAGAAAUAACAUCAAAGGAAAACAUCACGAUAAAACCACAGCUGACCACAGAGGAUUUGCCUUCUCAUUAAAAUGUGACAUUUUUCCUCCAUGCGUCCACCAGCUUUAUCCAGGCUUAUGUGUCUGAAUAUUCAGUUGUUCAGACAGGAAGAGGAGAGAGAGUGGACUGACUGAGCGAGUCACAGCACAUGUAAACAGAUGAGUCACGUAUGAGUGACAAAUGAUGCAAUAACGUCUGGAACAGAGCCUUCCUGCAGACCAUGGAGCUAAUUGGUCCAGCAGAAACGUAGAAAUGUUUUUUUUUACAAGCUUUUGACUCUCGCUCGUUUAUUUUGCCGAUGACAAAAUAAGUUACGGUCCCGGGCAGCUGAGAGCCAAUGACCUAAUUCACACUGAAUGACCUCACACUGAUAAGCAGCCCGCCUCCACACUGGGUGAUGGAACAUAAUCACAAAUGGACUCUUAUCAUUGAGGCUGGAGUGUGCGAGGUUACAUGAUGUCUCUGCAUGUGAGGCUUUUUAACUCAGAGGAGUGAGUUUUGAUGCUACGCGAGGAAAUGUUGCGGCGUGGACUGCUAACCUGGGCGUCUCGUGUCGGGGGCCUGCUGGUGCUCCUCUGCUGCUCCCUGUCGCUCCUCUAUGUGAUGACGUGCGGUCCACCACACUCCGAAAACCGCCCGCUGAGUCACGUGUUGCCCCACGCUGGCUCCAACCACCCCAGCCUCGGAGGAACGGGGCCGGGGAUCGGAGCCAGCGCUGGUAGGGCGGGAGGAGCUGAGCCUGCUCAAAGCGGCGGUCCACCAGGUGUGCACUCCUAUCAGGUGCUCCUCCAAGAGCGCGAGGAGCAGCACCGCCUCCACAUCUCAUCCUUGAAGAAGCAGAUAGCCCAGCUGAAGGAGGCCUUGCAAGAAUGCAGCCAGCAACUGAAAGGAGUGCAGGAGAGUCUGAAGAGAUCAGCGGGACACGAAGGGGGCGGUGGAUCGCAAAGCGUCGGCCUCGGGGAGACCCAGGGAACCAAGAGCCAGCAGGCGGACAUUGAGGAGUUCUUGAGGAGCCAGCUUUCGAAGGCAGAGGUCAGCGCCGGCAUCAGGCUGCCCAGCGAGUAUGCCGUCGUGCCGUUCGAGAGCUUCACCCUGCAGAAGGUGUAUCAGCUGGAGAUGGGGCUGACGCGUCACCCCGAGGAGAAGCCCGUGAGGAAGGACAAGAGGGAAGAGCUGGCGGAAGUGCUCGAGACUGCUCUGCACAGCCUCAAUGCACCUUCGUCGCAGCAGGAUGGCAGGGUAGCAGCGGAGAAGACUCACGCUAGCAAAGUCUACGCACAUUCUGACUUCAUAGAAGGUAUCACCCGAACAGAGAAGGACAAAGGGACACUGUACGAGCUGACCUUCAAAGGGGAAUCGAGUAAAGAAUUCAGACGGCUGGUCUUCUUCCGGCCCUUCGGACCUCUGAUGAAGGUGAAAAACGAGAGGGUGGACACAGCCAACGUCCCCAUCAACAUCAUCGUCCCGCUGUCCAGGCGCACGGACAAGUUUAAACAGUUCAUGCACAACUUCAGGGAAGUCUGCGUGCGUCAGGACAGCCGGGUCCACCUGACAGUGGUGUAUUUCGGGAAAGAGCAGAUGAGCGAAGUCCGCAGCACUCUGGAAAACACAUCCAGGGAGGUGAACUUCAAGAACUACACUCUCGUGCAGCUGGACGAGGAGUUUUCUCGGGGACGGGGUCUGGACGUCGGGGCCCGGGCGUGGAAGGGAGGCAACGUGCUGCUUUUCUUCUGCGACGUGGACAUCUAUUUCACAGCCGACUUCCUCAACACCUGCCGGCUCAACACGCAGCCCGGUAAAAAGGUGUUCUACCCGGUCUUAUUCAGCCAGUACAACCCGACUCUGAUCUAUGGAAGUCCUGAGCACAUCCCACCCGUGGAGCAGCAGCUGGUGAUCAAGAAAGACACGGGCUUCUGGAGGGAUUUCGGUUUCGGCAUGACCUGUCAAUACAGGUCCGACUUCAUCAACAUAGGUGGUUUUGACAUCGACAUCAAAGGCUGGGGUGGUGAAGACGUCCACCUCUACAGGAAGUACCUCCACAGCAACCUUCAGGUGGUCCGGGCUCCGUCCAGGGGCCUGUUCCACCUGUGGCACGAGAAGCACUGCGCCGACGAGCUCCCACCGGACCAGUACCGCAUGUGCAUGCAGUCCAAGGCCAUGAACGAGGCCUCGCACGGCCAGCUGGGGAUGCUCUUCUUCAGGCACGAGAUCGAGGCUCACCUCCGCAAGCAGAAGCAGCAGCAGCAGAACCCGAACCCCAAGAAGACAUGAAGACUCAAAGGCUGAAUCUCACAUGACCUCGACGACUGCAAUCAGUUAGCGCACAGCAAGGGGAAUUCAGCUGGUAAUGAACGUAACACUCAUUUGUUUUCUUUGUUAGGUUUAGAUUCGAAGGUACGGUCAGAAGAUAGUUAGCCUGGCUUAGCACAAAUCCUGGAAACGAGAGGACGCAACUGUUCUGGCUCUGAUAAAUUAAAUCCGCCCACUAGUGCCUUUUAAGUUUGAUAAGUGUAUAAUGACUCUUAUCCACUAAACACUGGGCGAUUAUUGAUUGAGAUACACUAUUUUUUUUUGUUUUUUUACUUUUGGAUGGAGUGUUGCUAAUAGUUUCCGUCAGUCUCCAGUGUUUAUGCUAGGCUAACUGCUUUCUGUCUGUCAAUCAUCUCCUCUGACUUUCAGCUAUCGAGCGAAUGUCCGGCUCCCACAGCGUCAAAUUGGUCCUUGAAUGAAAAAUGUGAAGACUUUUUGUUUUUUUUUAGGGCAUGGCAUAAAGUUGCCUUUAAUGAAAUACGACUGGAGUGCUUGAGGCAUGCAUCUACGCAACCGGAGUGGAGCUUUGUCGAACAUUAUUCCGCAGCUCUCCUGAAUAUUUCACUCAUAAUUUAAGGCCAUUCAAUUCAAAGGCCCUUCAGAAGAAAAUGAGGAGCCUGAUAUUGAAACGUGUGCCUUCUGUGAACCCUGUACAUUGUCUUUUUUUUUUUUUUUUUUUUUUGAUGGCCAGUGAAAAGUGAACCUUCCCGCAGGUUUUAUACGUAGGGAAACAGAGCCGCCUAGUGGACUGAAACUGAACAACAUGCUGGAGAACAAUCUGAAGGAUCCUUUCAAAGCCUGGAACGGCCUUGUAAAACAUUUUUUAUAUAUAAAUUAUUGAUACGUAAUAUUCAUUCCUUUAUGUGUGUUACUUUCUUUGUAAAUGCCUUAAGUUUUUGUUUUACUUAUUCCCAUUGUUGUUUCCCGGGUAGUAGCUAUUGUGUGGAUAGUACUAUUCAACUUUUACAAUGGAGCGAAAGUGGUGUUGACGGAAAGAAAAACAUAAGUGAGAUUCCUCUUGGUAUUUGUCAGUAAAACAGCAGUUUUUCUCAAACGUUUGAGACGUAUGUGUUUAUGCCCCAAAUGUAACUAAAGAUAAGUUUAUUUUUUAAGGUUUAAUUUAAGAUAAAUGAAACAUAGUAGACUAUUAUGUGGUUUUGUCACAUAACUAAUUUGUGGACGCAUACAGUAAUGUAUAGAUGAAGUAAAUUAAAAAUGUUUCUCAAAGACGAUGACUCAACAGGUCAGAGUGAGGCCACUGAGUUCAGUGUUUUUAACUGUAUAUCUGUCAAAUGUAACUCGUGUCAAAAACGUACAAACUUAAAAAAAGACACAGAGCAAUCCAUGGUGCAAUAAUGAAGACAAAAUGUGACAUUUUACAUGUGUUUGUGAGCAGUCACGGUUAUUUUAAAUCUCGUUCCAGCACUUCUUCAGUCAGUGUGAGUUGACCAUUGUUGUUUGCCAUUGAAGCAUUCCCUGAAAACAUCAGAUGUAUUUUUGUAAUUUUCAUCUUGUUUUGUUGACUCUCUGUAAAUACUAUAAAUAAACAUAUCUGAGCAAUGUGUAUAUUUUA